CUCUGUGUAGGACUCACACUGAAGUCCUCCCCGCCCUUUCUCUCUCCUCCUCUUCUUCUUCAUGAAACACCCCUCGGUUCAACGAAAUGCAGUCGAAUUCUCAAGACCCGACCUCAAAUUCUAACCCUAGCCCUCACCCUAACGGAUCUCCCGCCAUGUUCCCCAACCCAAUCCGCGGGUCCCACCCGAGCCCGAUCCGAGCUCCCGUUCCGGAUCCCCGACGAGUUCACGGAUCCGCUAGGGGCCUCGAACAACUUCGAUGAGAUCGGAUCCGAGGACGAUCUGUUCUGCACUUUCAUGGACAUUGAGAAGAUCGGGUGCAGGUUGGAAGGGAGCGGAUCUGGAUCUGAGAGCGGAGGCGCUCGGGAUCCGAUGGCGGAGAUGAUGAUGAUGAAGCCGAAGCAUCGGUACAGCAACUCGAUCGAUGGAUCGUCGAUGAUGAAUUCGUCGGCGAUGGGAGGAGGAGGAGGAGGAGAAGGGGGGAGUUUCGAGGAGGUGAUGGAGGCGAAGAAGGCGAUGACUGCUGAGCAGCUGGCGGAGUUGGCGGCCGUCGAUCCGAAGAAAGCGAAAAGAAUUCUGGCGAAUCGGCAGUCUGCAGCUCGCUCGAAAGAAAGAAAAGCACGUUAUAUGUCAGAACUUGAGCGGAAAGUUCAGACCCUUCAGACUGAAGCGACAACACUUUCUGCACAGCUCACCCUUUACCAGAGAGACACAACGGGGCUUGGUGCAGAGAAUGCUGAGCUGAAGAUACGGUUGCAAGCUAUGGAACAACAAGCUCAAUUACGUGAUGCACUCAAUGAGGCACUAAAGCAGGAAGUCGAUCGUCUGAAAGUCGCGACAGGGGAAGCUGUCAACCACAGUGAAAAUUACAACACAGGACUCCAUCAAAUGCCCUACAACCCAUCCUUCUUCUCUCUUACUCACCAACAACAGCCAUACCGUCACCAAGAAUUCAUUCAAAUGCAGCAAUCUUUCAAUCUCUCAAACAGUCAAAUGCUCAACCACUCCCGAGCUUUUUCAGAGUUAAUGCAGCAGGAUCCCCUUCGGCGAUCGCUUCAGGGUUUGGACAUUAGUAAGGUUUCUCCUGCUGUGAAGUCAGAAACCCCCUCGAUUUCUGCAAGUGAGAGCAGCAGCAACAUGUAAGUUUGUCUUCUGUUUAUAGCCUGACACCGAACCAUCAUUUUUUUUUUCCUUUUCCAUUGGUUUGAUUUUCAGUCGAAGGUCCGAUUCAUUAUUUCUUUCUAGCGUUUGUAAGUUAUUUAACUUGUUUCUGAUCUAGUUGGCAGAGUUUUGGUGUGUUGUUAACAUGUAUUGUGUAAAUCCAAUUCAUUUGUGUGCAUUGGACCGUCGGGGCAGCAAAUUAAAUGGUCGUGUCCCCAAAAUUGUACAACAUUUAUGUUUACCUUUAUAAACUUCGUUUUGAAUUAUCGUCA